AUGGACACACUUACCUUUGGUGCACCGAUCCUGCUAAAAAACCUCACAGCCAGUGAGCAGAAAAAGCUUCCAGUGACAGAAGUUCAUCUUGGCAAGGCGCUUGAGGAACUCGAUAUGCCCAUGGAACAGUUUGUCGAUUUGUGUAUGCUAUUAGGGUGUGACUAUUUGGAUCCUGUGCGCGGUGUUGGCCCCAAAAAGGCGCUCAAGCUGAUCCAAGACCACAGGACACUCGAACGUAUUCUGGAGCAUCUGAAACAGGCUGACGAUGCAAAGAAGGCCAAGGCAAGUGACGCACAUGGGUCAGAUGAUGAUGAGGCUACGUCCAUCAAGAAACGGCCUGGUGGCAUCCAAGUUCCAGAUUUCUGGCCGUUUCAAGAGGCCCGCGAACUAUUCCUCACACCUGAAGUGCAGGAUGGGCAUACAGUACAAGUUUGUAUAGAAGAGAUUGGCUGA